AUGUGGGGGCACAGCGAGGUGCAAAAGUUCGCUGAGAAGCACAGUCUCAGCGAGCUCGCAAAGGCGGAUCUGAAGAAGAUGUUCGAUGGCGUAGUCACAAAAAGUCGAAAGCGGGUCACCGUGCGGGUGCCUGCGACCACGGCGAACAUGGGACCAGGCUUCGACUGCGCUGGCAUGGCGCUUGAUGUUUGGAACGAGCUGACCGUCGAGCGUGCCCCACACUUCGCUAUGGAGAUAGAGGGCGAAGGCGCACACCUGUUGCCCCGGGACAAGUCCAACUUAGUGGUGAAGGGCGUGGAAGCGGCCUACAAGUUCAUCGACCAAGAGGUGCCAACGCUUCGAUAUUACACGCUGAAUCGCAUCCCUUUUGCCAAAGGGAUGGGCUCCUCCUCAGCGGCCAUCGUGUCCGGGAUCCUGGCUGGGUUGGCCCUGGCAGGCUUUAACCUCCAGGUGAAAAACGAGGAGGAGCUUUUACAGAUCGCGACCAACAUAGAAGGCCAUCCAGACAACGUUGCUCCCUGCAUCUACGGAGGCUUCCAACUUGGGAUCCACAACGGCAAGCGCUGGUGGACGGACCGAGUAACAAUGCCACAUGGGCUGAUGUGCGUCGUUUUCUGCCCAGAUCACGCGACCGAGACCAGCGAGGCCCGGUUGCUUCUGAAGGAGCAGAUCGCCCUCAAGGAUGCGAUCUUCAACUGUGGGCGCGUGGCCGUGCUGGUGGCAGCUUUUGCUACCGGCAACAUGGAUUGGCUUCGACAUGGUACAGAGGAUGCCCUGCACCAAGAGCAGCGUGCGCCGAUCCAUCCUCACCUCAAGCCCUUGAUUCGGGCUGCCUUGGAUGCUGGUGCUCAGGGAGCGUGCUUGUCCGGCGCAGGCCCGGCCGUGAUCGCUUUUACCAGCGGUCGCUGUGGUGAUGUGAUUGCGCAGAACGCCUCGGAGCGCGAGGAGUUCAACGUAGCGGAAGCCUUGCUGUCAGCGGCCGACGCCAUUGGCUGUCCGGGGCACGUGCUCAUCACAAAGCCGGUCGAGCACGGCGGAUACAUCGUGUCGGAAACCAAAGUUUCGGACCCGGACAGCAGGGAAAGCCGUAUCCACUAUGUUCAAGAUUGA